AUGUCGAUGGACUUGGACGCAUCAGUCGCCCUCCCUUCAAGGCAUGCGCCCCAAGCAGCGACUAUUCUGUGCUGCAACUGUGGCGUGCCCAUAGAUGGGACCGCUUCGGCAGGCGCUCUAUGUUAUGACUGCAUCAAGCUGACGCACGAUGUAUCAGAAGGGAUUCAGCGGGAAGGAGUUCUUCAUACCUGCAGAGAUUGCGAACGGUGGUUACACCCGCCCUCACAGUGGGUAUCAGCAGCGCCUGAAAGUCGUGAAUUGCUUUCUCUGUGUCUCAAGAAACUUAGAGGCCUCAACAAAGUCCGGAUAAUCGACGCCAGCUUUCUAUGGACGGAGCCCCAUUCGAGACGGGUUAAAGUCAAAAUCACUGUACAGCAAGAAGCCUACGAGGGAACGAUUCUGCAACAGACCUUCGAGGUUGAAUAUGUGGUCGCUUUCCAGCAGUGUCCAGAAUGCGCAAAGUCAUACACACCCAAUACCUGGCGGGCCUCAGUACAAGUUCGGCAAAAGGUGCCUCACAAACGCACCUUCCUGUAUCUCGAACAGCUCGUCUUGAAGCACCAAGCACACAAAGACACGAUUAACAUCAAAGAGGUCAAAGAUGGGCUCGAUUUCUAUUUUGCUCAGCGCAAUCAAGCUGAGAAGUUUGUCGACUUCCUCACCUCGGUCGCGCCCGUCAGAGUCAAGAAGUCCCAGGAGCUGAUAUCGAUGGAUGUCCACACCUCGGCAAAGUCAUACAAGUUCACCUUCUCCUGCGAGUUACUACCGAUCUGCAAAGACGAUCUGGUCGCUCUACCCAUCAAAAUGGCCAAGGCCAUCGGCAAUAUUGCACCACUAACGCUCUGCUAUAGAGUGGGCACAUCAAUCAACCUGCUCGAUCCUACUACAUUACAAACAACAGAUCUACCGACUUCCACUUACUGGCGGGCGCCGUUUAAGAAUCUAGCGGAUGUUGGGGAGUUGGUGGAAUUUGUUGUUCUCGACAUUGAGCCGACCGGUCAGCAGAAUGGUCGGUUCUUUGGAGCGGAGGCCACAGUUGCACGUGCUUCAGACUUGGGCAUGAAUGACAAGACCUACUAUGUCAGAACGCACCUCGGUGGGGUACUGCACGCUGGAGAUUCAGUACUUGGCUAUCAUUUGACGGGAACGAACUUCAACAACCCUCAGUUUGAAGAGCUGGAGCAGAGCAACAAUCAUUCGUCUACGAUACCAGAUGUGUUGCUGGUCAAGAAGUUCUACGCCAGGAAGAAGAAGCCGAAGUCUCGAAGUUGGCGCCUGAAGAGGAUGGCCAAGGACGAGGGCGAACUCCUCCCGAAGAAGGCCGACCAAGAGAGGAUGGAUGCGGACUACGAAAUGUUCUUAAGGGAUGUGGAGGAAGAUGCUGAACUUCGGCAAACACUAGCAUUGUACAAGGCCAAGCAGCAGAGGAAGAAGGAUGCUGACGAGAUGAGCAUGACGACGGCGCAGACUGAUGAUGAAGUGCCUAAGAUCAAUAUGGACGAGCUGCUGGAUGACUUUGAGGACUUGGAUGUCAAUGACGACGAAUGA